AUGGUGGUGUGUUUGCUGAAAGCCGCUGAUGCGCUGCCGGCUGCUCACUCCAAACACUCACGGAUCAGUGCUCUGCCACCGGGACCUGCCACCGGGACCUGCCUCCGGGACCUGCCUCCUCACGGUCACCACGGUUACCACGGCACCCACACUAUUAUGAACCUGCUCUCGAUCGCUUCCAACGGUAUCCGGCUGGUGUCGUCUGUGAGUGGUUUUGGCCCUGGUUUCACUCAGUACAAAGUGGCACGAGACAGAUGGACGAGCCAAACCGGGACAGAAAGAGAAACGCACAAAAACAAGUGGACGAGGGCGAAAGGGAAGAAGCGAGGAGCCAUCAGAGCGGGAAGAGCCAUGGUGGGGCCCCGAGGAGACCGCAGUGACACCGAGGCCCUCAGCUCGAUGCCAGCUGUGCAGUUGUGGUCAGGCCGCUGA